AUGAGCAACGCAGAAGACAGCGGGAGCAAGUGCUCGUCGGGCCCGAUCUCCAGCUUCACCAUCCAGUCCAUCCUGGGCACUGCGUCCGAUGCUCCGCGCUCCGGGACCAAGGCUCUCUCCAAGGGUCCUAACCCUCCGCCUCCAACUCCUCUGCCCCUGCAGCGGAGGAGCUCUCUGUCCGUGUCCUCCGAGGAGGAGUGCAGCGGCGCGGAGGACUCGGCGGACUGCUUCUGCUCCGACACCGGGCACAGCGAGCCCUGCAGCCGGCCGCACAGCUUCUCAUGUUUAGGUUCCGCUAAAGGACUCCUGGCCCGGCGGCCGCACCUCGCGCACCAGCCUCUGCUGAAGGACUAUAAGGAGGAGCAGGAGCGGCCGUGCCACCAGAUGUCCCCGCUGUCCGAGGAGAGACACUCGGACGGCGGGGACAAGCAGGGCAACUCGUCCAAGAAGAAGACGCGCACGGUGUUCUCCCGCAGCCAGGUGUACCAGCUGGAGUCCACCUUCGACCUGAAGCGCUACCUGAGCAGCUCGGAGCGGGCCUGCCUGGCCUCCAGCCUGCAGCUCACCGAGACUCAGGUCAAGACGUGGUUUCAGAACCGGAGGAACAAAUGGAAACGGCAGCUCUCCGCCGAGCUGGAGGCGGCCAACAUGGCCCACGCCUCCGCACAGACACUGGUGGGGAUGCCGCUGGUUUUCAGGGAUAACUCCUUGCUGCGCGUUCCCGUCCCGCGGUCCAUCGCCUUCCCGACGCCCCUGUACUACCCGGGGAGCAGCCUGUCCGCGUUACCUUUAUACAACCUGUACAACAAGAUCGAGUAUUGA